AUCAACCGCUCAGACACCGGCCCGACCCAGCCAUCAUACAGCCAUGCUAGGGCUUGUUUAGUGUCAGCAUCAGGCGAGUUACCAGCUGGAUGAUGUAUCCACCAAUGGAGUAAUCCCGGUUUUAUUAAACAUCGCAGACGAACUCUGACAAAUAGUCCGGAUCGAAAUUCGAAUAUUUAUUUUUGUUGUUUAGGACAUUACAGCAGUAGCUAGCCAAGAGCUACUUAGGCUUUGACCACUGCGGCUAGGUGCUGUAUAAGGAUGCAGGAGUACUAAGGAUGCUGAUGGUCUUUGCAGUGCUCACGAUGGCUGCGAUAGGAGAAGCGGAGGUCCCCCAUCCCAACAGUACCAGCAAUCCUGACCACAAGGACUGGUGCUACAAGGGCCGGAUCCCCAGUACUGUACUCCAGGGUCUGCCCUUUGGAGGAGUUCCCACUGUACUCGCUCUCGACUUCAUGUGCUUCCUGGUGCUGCUAUCUGUAUUCUCAGUGUUAAGGAAGGUGGCGUGGGAUUAUGGCCGUCUCGCAUUGGUUUCUGAUGCUGACAGUAGGCGGAGGCAGCUGUACCAGCGUCUGGAUGAGCAAGAAUAUGUUGCUUCUGCCACGCAGACUCCCGCUGACUCUCGAUACGAGCGUCUCACCUCUGUAUCCAGCUCGGUCGACUUUGACCAAAGAGAUAACGGCUUUUGUUCCUGGCUGACUGCAAUCUUCAGGAUAAAAGAUGAUGAGAUCAGGGAGAAGUGUGGAGAGGACUCAGUCCACUACCUCUCGUUCCAGCGGCACAUCAUUGGUCUGUUGGUGGUUGUGGGCGUCCUCUCCGUGGGUAUUGUCCUGCCCGUUAACUUUUCAGGAGAUCUAUUAGAACAUAAUGCCUACAGUUUUGGGCGAACUACAAUAGCCAACUUAAAGUCUGAAACUAAACUUUUUUGGCUGCACACUAUAUUUGCCUUCUUCUAUCUAUUAAUGACUGUGUUCAGCAUGAGAAGACAUACAUCAAAGAUGCACUACAAAGAGGACGACCUGGUGAAGCGCACUUUAUUUAUAACCGGGGUCGUGAAGUAUGCAGAUGAGAGUCAAAUCAAGCAACAUUUUGAGCAGGCGUAUGAAAACUGUGUCGUUUUGGAUGCACGCAUUUGUUACGACGUUGCCAAGCUCAUGUCCCUGGAGGCUGAAAGGAAAAAAGCCGAACGCAGCAAAAAGUUCUACACGGACCUGAUGGCCAAAGAGCACGUGCACACUAUGAUCAACCCUAAACCCUGCGGUCACCUCUGCUGCUGCAUCAUCAAAGGCUGCGAGCAGGAAGAGGCUGUGAACUACUACACUAAACUAGAGUCCAAACUAAAGGAUGAAUACAGAAAAGAGAGAGAAAAGGUCAACACUAAACCGCUGGGCAUGGCGUUCGUAACCUUCCAGAAUGAGGCCAUGACAGCACUAAUCCUGAAGGACUUUAAUGCAUGCAAAUGUCACGGCUGUCACUGUCGGCGGGAGCCAAAGUCGUCUCCUUUCAGCUGUAUCUUAAACACUUAUAACUGGACAGUCACAUACGCUCCAGAUCCACAGAAUGUCUACUGGGAGCAUCUGUCUACUGCCGGCUUGAACUGGUGGGUUCGGUGCUUUGUCAUCAACUGCUUUCUCUUCCUCCUCCUCUUCUUCCUCACCACCCCGGCCAUCAUCAUCUCCACCAUGGACAAGUUCAACGUCACCAAACCAGUGGAGUAUCUGAAUAACCCGAUCAUCACCCAGUUCUUCCCCACUUUGCUGUUGUGGUGCUUUUCGGCCCUUCUCCCAACCAUCGUCUACUACUCCGCCUUCUUCGAAGCUCACUGGACACGGUCUGGAGAAAACAGAACCACUAUGCACAAAUGCUACACUUUCCUCAUCUUCAUGGUUCUUCUGUUACCAUCUCUGGGACUCAGCAGUCUGGAUCUUUUCUUUCGCUGGCUUUUUGAUAAGAAAUUCCUGGAUGAGGCAGCAAUACGAUUUGAGUGCGUGUUUUUGCCGGAUAAUGGAGCUUUCUUCGUGAACUAUGUUAUCGCGUCUGCAUUUAUCGGUAACGCCAUGGACCUGUUACGAAUUCCUUAUUUCCUGAUGUACAUGAUCCGUCUGUGCCUGGCGCGCUCGGCUGCCGAGAGACGCAACGUUAAGAAGCAUCAAGCCUAUGAGUUCCAGUUUGGUGCCGCUUAUGCCUGGAUGAUGAAUGUAUUCACUGUGGUCAUGACCUACAGCAUCACCUGCCCCAUUAUUGUGCCAUUUGGUCUUAUGUACAUGCUACUGAAGCACUUGGUGGACAGGUAUAACAUGUAUUAUGCGUACCUGCCCGCUAAACUGGAUAAGAAAAUCCACUCUGGAGCUGUGAACCAGGUGGUGGCCGCGCCCAUCCUCUGCCUGUUCUGGUUGCUCUUCUUUUCUACUUUCCGUGCAGGUUUUUUGGCUCCGACGUCAAUGUUUACCUUCGUAGUUCUGGUCAUCACCAUCAUCAUUUGCCUCUCUCACGUCGUCUUUGGUCACUUCAAAUACCUCAGCGCUCACAAUUACAAGAUUGAUUUGGACGGCGUGGACAAUGGGCGCCCUCCAGACUCUUCUCCACCUGUCAAGUCUGCGCAGACGUACGUCGCCCAAGUGCUGCAAGAUCCAAACUCGGACGAGACAGGCAGCGACGAGGGGCAGGGCUCCUCGCAGGACGAGGAAGCAGGAAACGAGGUCUACUUCCAGUCAGGAGAAGACAGCCUUCUUGAGAACGAGGUGCGCCAGUGAUCCGGGGCGCACCGUGUGCCGAACGUGGUGAAGCGAGCUGGUCUCCAAGCCCACCGAACAGAGAUCCCUAACAUCUCUCUGCGCUGAAUGUGUGUGUGUUUGUGUGUGUGUAAGUGUGAAUCCAUCACAGCUGAUACACUCCUAUAUCGAUGGGGCUUGGGGGCAGGAUGGCCAUUUCUCCAGAAUGUGGAGUGACUCUGGAAAUAUGACGUUCAGUCACGCAAUCCGUCACAUUCUCAUCAUCUCUAUCAGAAAUUGGUUCGUCAGUUUCAUAAUGCUUAAUAAUGGUACCGUUACAAGCUCUCAAUGUCUAAUAAGUAAGCUAAAAAAUGAAUGAUUACUGAGAAUUUACACUUUAUUGGUUUAAAUAUGUCUAUGUUGUGAUGAACUAAAACCUAUUAAUAGUGCUAUUUUAGAUGGGCUUUAGUUAAGCACCAAAUUCUGUAUUAAUUCACAGAAUUCAUUUAUAGUUGGUCAUAAAUCAUUGCAAAACAAUAUCCUACGUAUUAUACAAACAUAUUCGACUACUGAACACCACUUUUUUCGAGUUUUGAGUAGGGAACACUGUUUACUUUUGGCCCAUCUCAAGUUGCACUAUAGCGCAAUAUAUUUAGGAUGAACAAAUUUAUGCAACUUUCCAUGCAUCUCCACUAAAGUGACUGUACGUGACAUGAAGGUCAUCUCAAGCUCCCCUUCGUGUCAGUAAAUGUUAAAUAACACUGAAAACUCGCUCCAGCCUGCUGACCAAACGAAUCAUGUAGAAAGCCGUAAACAUAAACAUCUCGCUGUUAAAAGCACUCCAUCUUACACUGGCCAAUCCGCAAGGUCAAACGCUUCUGAACUCUUCUGCGCCUUCAGUGUUUCAAAAUGAUACAUGUAAACCUCUGCAUUGUUGCGUGUUGGAUAUGCCUCUACUUUCUCAAUCAGGCAUCAUACGGACCGGUUCGAAAUGUGUUACUCUACUGUGGGAUGCUGUAUAGAUGGUGAUACCGUAGCAUAAUGCAUAGCAAUUUUUUUUUUUUUUUGGACAUGGGUGGGAGUAUGUUUUUCUUUUUAUGCAUGGACAAUAAAUAACAACCUUUUCUAAUCAGGAGUUUUAUUUUAUUAACACUAAAAUCGUUCUCAUAUUUGAUCAUGUAACGCGUUUUACUUUCUAGAAACACAAAUGUAAAAUGUGCAUGACUACACUCAAAUCUCUUAACAUCCUUAAAACUGGAAUGAGCCCUACAGAUAAUGGAGUAUGAUAUUGUUUAUUUAAAUGACCUUUGUGUGUUUACUAUCUUUUCACUAGCUCUUCAACUGUUCGCAGUGUGAUUGAGUUUAACAAGGUUUAUGCUUCAUUUAGGGGUUGAAACUGACAAAAAUAAUGCAAAAAAUGUACAUUGACCAAAUUUAACUGUUAUGGAGUGUAUUUUACUUCAUUUUUGUUUUCCUAAAUGUCCCUUUACUUCGGAAAACAUUUUCUUUCUAAAUACCUUUUUAAAGGGAUAGUUCACCCAAAAAUGAAUAUUAUGUCAUAUUUUUCUCAUCCUCAUGUUGUUUAAACCUGUAUGAUUUUUUUUAUUUUAUAAUAAACACAAAAUAAGAUAUUUAAUAAAUGAUGGUAACCAUUGACAUCCAUUGUAGAAAAAUUACAUCGUAUUUGUUUUCCUGCUAUGAAAGUCAAUGGUUACAACUAGCUGUGUGCUUACCAUAAUUUAUUAAAAAUAGCCUUUUUUGUGUGUUUAUUAGAAAAGAAAAAAAGAUAUUCACACAGGUUUAGAACAACAUGAGGAUGAGAAAAUUAUGACAGAAUUUUAAUUUUUGGGUGCACUAUCCCUUUAAAUAAUUUUUGUAUUACAUAAUGAUAUGUCUGUCUCAUGUUUUACUUAAAGGGACACUGCACUUUUUUUUGAAAAUAGGCAUAUAUUCCAGCUUCCCUACAUUGAGUUUAUCCAUUUUGGAAUCCGUUCAGCUGAUCUACACUUUUAGCAUAGCUUAGCAUAAUCCAUUGAAUCUGAUAAGACCAUUAGCAUUACACUCAAAAAUGACCAAAUAUUUUCAAUAUUUUUCCUAUUUAAAACUUGACUCUUCUGUAGUUACAGCGUGUACUAAGAACGAUGGAAAAUUAAAAGUUGUGAUUUUCCAGGCCGAUACGGCUAGGAACAAUACUCUCAUUCUGGCGUAAUAAUCAAGGACUUUGCUGCCUUAACCUGGCUGCAGCAGGCGUAGUGAUAUUAUGCAGUGCCCGAAAUUGUCCCCUUGGUAACUUUCAAUAGCUCCAGUUUUUAAUGGGAAAAAUAUUGAAACUCUUUGGGUAUUUUUAAGCGUGAUGCUAAUGGUCUAAUCAGAUUCAAUUAAUUAUGCUAAGCUAUGCUAAAAGUGGUACCGCCAGACCCGGAGAUCAGCUGAAUGGAUUCAAAAACUGUAAAAGUCAAAUGCUUAUCUCUAGCGGAGCUGGAAAAUGAGCCUAUAUUCAAAAAAAGUGGAGUGUCCCUUUAAGAAAGUUUUUCGAGAUGGUAAAAAAUACAUUUAUUCCCAUUUACCUUUUUUUUGUCUGGACAGUUUUUUUUAAGCAUGACGAAUAUUCAGUACAGCAAAUAGUACCAUUAAAGUAUACAUGUUAUUUUUGGGGUGAAUGGGACCUGGAUGUGUUCUUGACUGGUUUGUGAAGUUCGCUCUACUAGGAAAAGUUUGUAUGUUUGUUUGGGAAACUAAAUGCAUACUGCACGCAGACGAAGGCCGUGCCUGUUCACUAUCUGUAAAAUCAUUGUAUUUCCCCGUCGCCUGAUGGUUUUUGCUAGCAGCUCUUGCGUGUAGUUCUCAUGUUAUCAUUUAUUGUUUACAGGGAUAGCAAUGCAGUGUUGAAACUGUCUUUUUCUGCAACAAAUGUUGACUUCAAACUGUCAGGUGUAUGUAACCUGUUGUCAGCUUGUAAACUGACAUUGGGAAGAAAGCAAAUAGGUGAUAUUUCUAAAAAAAAUUAAUUUAAUUUAUGUAAAUCGCACUACUGGACUGAUCACUGAGAAGCUUUUUAAUUUUAAAUGCAAUGAACAUUUGUAGGCUAUGCACUUCAUGUAAAACUGUAACAUUGUCUUGGUGUAUGUAAAACUAUAAAGCCAUUUUGUCAUUCAUCUGCUCUGGACAACAUUGUCUUAAAAUCCAUUGCUCCUAUGACUGGUGAUUUCCAUAUGACUGCAUUCUGGAUCUAUUUAAAGGAAGAAACACUUUUCUUACGCAUGAUGAACUGGCAAUAAUAAGUUAUUUAAUGAAUAUAAUGCUUUACCCAUUUGUUACAACUAUUGUCCAUUAUAUUUAUUUCAUUUGUUUGUUUUAUUUCCAUCUGUUAAAUUAUGCGCCUGUCGGACUGGAGUGAAGCUGUUAAAACUGUAAUAUUUAUGUAAAUAGAAGCAAUGCGCUGCUCUUGAAACACUAAACUGUAUUUACAUUUGUACAGCUUAGCCAGCAAAACAAUGUACAGUCCUUCAUGAGUUUUCUGUUUGCUUUGGUCCGUGUCAGAAAGAUCUAAUCGUAUGAUGCUUGCGAUUGCUGUUUUUAAUAGUUUUGUAUCUCAACCCCCCCCCUCAAAAUGAUCUUUUGUACAGUGUCAUUAUCCAACUCUUCCAUGUCUUAAAAAAAUAAAAUAGACAUUUACUGACAAAACAA